UCCUUCUCUUCAAUUCUCUCUCUCUACCAUUUUCUCACUCCUCAUGGACAACAACUAUUCCUCCAUGUUCGAAUCCUCGUCAUCGUCCUCGUCCUCGCUUUUCAUAAAUUCAUCGAACCCCUCGAUGAGCUCCGCCGGAGCGAUGCAAGAAAACGGCGCCUACGGAUCAUUUCUUCUCCAAGAAGAUUCGAUCGCCGUAGGCCCGCAAACCGACAUGAGCUCUAUGGCGAUCGCCGGAGAUAAUAAUGAUGGGGUUGCCGCCGCCGCCGCCGCCGCCGCCACGGCAGAAAACGACGGCAAGAAAUUGAAAGGAGAAAAAAAAAGUCGAAAACCUAGAUAUGCAUUUCAGACAAGGAGCCAAGUAGACAUCCUCGACGAUGGAUACAGAUGGAGAAAAUAUGGCCAAAAGGCCGUCAAGAACAAUAAGUUCCCGAGAAGCUAUUACAGGUGCACACACCAAGGAUGUAAUGUGAAGAAGCAAGUCCAAAGACUGUCGAAAGACGAGGAGGUUGUGGUGACAACGUACGAGGGAAUGCAUUCUCACCCUAUCCAAAAAUCGACCGAUAAUUUCGAGCACAUUCUCAAUCAGAUGCAAAUCUACACUUCCUUCUAAUUAUAAUUAUAAUUAAACCCUACCCUACCCUACCCUACCCUACCCUACCUCAUAUACAUGCAUAUAUAUAUAUAUAUACACAUGCAAUGUUGCUUUUUCAAGAACAAGCAUGCAAAAUAUGACAAUGUUAUAGUUUCUUGUUAAAUAUUAUAUAUACGUACUUACCAACAAUCAA